AUGUCGUCCACCUCCAUGGCGAAGAAGAAUAAGGGGAAGAAAGCGGCCGACCCAAACGAGACGUCUAAGCUUUUGGCCGCCAAGAUCUCCCAGCUGGAGCAAGAUGCCGCCGGCGAGAAAGACCAAGAGGCGGAAAUUGAGCGCGAGGUCAAGAAGGCAACUCGUGAUCUCAACCAGCUUUUGAGCAAUAUUGAGUCUCCUAUGACCAAACUCGAAACCGUCCAUAAGAAAUACACCGAGCUCUUGGCAGAUAUGAAGAAGUUGGAUCGUGAUUAUUCAAAGAGCAAAAAGCGCGCCGAUCAGCUGCAAAAAGACCAGGACAAGGGCAAAUCCGAUCUCAACAAGACCAUUACAAUGAAAGACAAGCUGGAGAAACUGUGCCGAGAGCUUACGAAGGAGAACAAAAAGGUCAAGGAUGAAAAUAAGAAGCUGGAGGACACAGAAAAGAAAGCGCGCUUGAUUGUUAACGAACGUCUCGACUCGCUUCUCUAUGACAUCCAAGACGUCAUGGCUGCCAAGGGGAACCCUCGUAGCGAAAAGGUGGAUGUUGAUUUGGACGAAGCACUCCGUGCCAAGCUUAAGACCAUCAGCGAGCAGUUCGACACGCGCGACCUACAUUACAGAGGCCUCCUACGUGGCAAGGACUCUGAGAUCCAAAGUCUCGCCUCCAAGUUUGAGGAGCAGCGCCGUGCUGGUGAGGUUGAAGCCAACCGAAGCCGAGCUUUGACCUCCCAGGUUUCCACAUUCUCGCAUACCGAAGCCGAAUUGCGCAGCCAACUCAACAUCUACGUGGAGAAGUUCAAACAGGUCGAGGACACUUUGAACAACAGCAACGAUCUUUUCCUUACCUUCCGCAAGGAGAUGGAAGAAAUGUCCAAGAAAACCAAACGCCUGGAGAAGGAGAAUCAUACCCUCAACCGGAAGCACGAGCAAACUAACCGCAAUAUCCUGGAAAUGGCAGAGGAACGGACCCGGAAUCAUGAAGAACUUGAAAGAUGGCGACGGAAGUGCCACCACCUAGAAGCCCUUUGCCGGCGUAUGCAAGCCCAGGGCCGAGGCGAAGGACUUGCCCUGGCGGAAGGCGACGAUCAUUUAGAGGGUGAUGAUGAAGGCACCGAAAGCGAAUACGAUGAUGACUACGAAGAUGACGAGGAGGAUAUCAGUGAUGAGGAAGAUCUUGAGCCACCCCCAACCCGGGUCGACCAACCCUCAGAGAAGCCUGUCUUCGGUCCAACUCCGCCCCCGAAUCUUUUGGAGGCUCGAGCAAAUGGCAACGCCACGGGAGUCAAUGGCUUGGUUUUCUAA